GUCCUGUUACCUUAUUUAUAUUUCAUAUUCACUCGGCUCCUUGUAAACAGCCCAGGGGCAGGGGAGCGGCCGGACUGUACUGACUGCACUAGCCGGGAGCUAAUCUGUUCUUUAUCUGAGGUUUGGUGUUCUGGGUAGAGGAAGGCCACCCUACCAUGUUCCCCCGGAAAAGUAAUGGCUGACAUCCUUCUUUCUGCUCCUGCAACAGAUGAGCCAAGUUGAGGAUUACAACCGGGCUGUAGUGGGAGCACCAAAGGAUCUGUUCUACAGAUUCCAGCUGCUCCCCAUCCAUGGCGUCCCCUUUAUGAAGCCCAUUGCGGAUAACUGGCAGAGGGUAGAGGCAUUUCAGGCCAGGCCAGAUGACCUCCUCAUUGCAACCUAUCCCAAAGCAGGUACCACCUGGAUGCAGGAGAUAGUGGAUUCCAUCAUGAAUGCCGAAGACCUGAUAAAAGUGAAACGCGCCCCGACGCACGUCCGAUUCCCUUUCCUCGAAAUCUGCAACCCUCCGCCCCUCCCUUGUGGGGUCGAUAUCUUGGAACAGACACCAUCUCCGCGAAUCAUAAAGACUCAUCUCCAGUAUGAACUUGUUCCAAAAUCCUUCUGGGAACACGACUGCAAGGUGAUCUAUGUUGCCCGCAAUGCAAAGGACAACGCUGUCUCCUAUUACCACUUUGAUCUGAUGAACAAGACGCAGCCGCACCCUGGCACCUGGGAGGAGUAUGUGGGAAAGUUCUUGAAGGGAAAUGUGCCCUGGGGCGGCUGGUUCGAUCACGUCCUCGGCUGGUGGGAAUCCAGGAACAAGCACCAAAUCUUAUAUGUCUUCUACGAGGACAUGAAAGAGGACCCAAAGUGUGAGAUCCGCAAGGUGAUGAGGUUCCUGGGGAAGGAUUUGUCUGAGGACCUUCUUGAGAACAUUUGUCAGAACACCUCCUUCAAGGCUAUGAAGGACAACCCCAUGGCUAAUUACAGUGCCAUGCCAGCCACUGUCUUUGACCAGUCAAUCUCACAGUUCAUGAGGAAAGGGGAAGUUGCUGACUGGAAGAAUCAUUUCACCGUACAGCAAAGCGAGACAUUCGAUGCCGAGUACCAGAAGAGAAUGGAAGGAACGGACCUCAAAUUCCGUUGCAGUAUCUGAGGGCAUCAAAUACUCCGAUCAGAAAGGAGAGUCGGGCAGGAAUUAUCCGAGGAGCACAAGGAAGCCAAUAUGGGUUGAGUUCUAAAGAUGAAGAAAGCUUAAUGCAACAAGGGAACUGAAGGCAUCCCUGCCCAUGAAGUUACAAUGACUAUAAAACCAACCAAUCCCAAGGAGCUAUACAGUAACGUAACUACAAACCAAAAAGCGUAGAGAUACCGACAAGCUAAAUGUAUCCGAGCACAAGUGGCCACCAGGCUGGACUUUCCCACAAAUAACACCGGGAUACACUGCGAUCAGGAGAAGAGUCUGAUCGUGGGAGUCGAGGGGAGAUCAGUGAUUCUCUGGUGAGGGGCGAAGAGGACAUUGCACCAUCGGCAUUGGGGGCUUUCUGUACUGUAUAGAGACAAAUCAGGUUAUUGGACUUCACUGGGGAUCUGGGAUUUCUUAUCUGUUAUUAAAUAAAAACUGACUGAAUAACCUGC